GUCUGAAAGGUCCAGAUGUUGAAACAGACACAAGGAAGGACACGGCGAGGAUUUAUGUGGCUCACGCCUGUUGAUUUCGCCAAAGACCACAGGAAAGGGCACUGGAAAGUUGCAUUCCCAAAGUGCGGACGUUUCAGUGUGAUUUAGCUGUUUUCGUGUCGGGAUUACUCGGCAUUUCACGCUCUGGACAUGCGUGGGGCUGGAGCAGGGGGGCGUGAGUGAAGUUUGAAGAGCCGUGCUGAAGGUAGGCUACUAUUGACUGUGAUAAGGCAGAGGUGGUUGAUGAUGGCUUUCCCUCUGUUCAUCCUGACAGCCUGCCUGGUCUCACUGCGUCUUGGAGGAGCUUUCUUUUCGGGACCCCUCCACCCGGAGAUGUCCAACGGCACUUUUCAUCAUUAUUUCGUGCCGGACGGUUAUUACGAAGAUAACGACGAUCCAGAGAAAUGCCAGAUGCUGUUCAAAAUGACCGACAAUCGCAAAUGCACCCUGGACGAGGACCAGGACUCAGUGAUCCGGGACGAUUUCACCAUCAUCAAGCGGCACAUCGAGGACGCGGCGCGUGUCCUCGAGGGCAUUGGGAAGAGCAUAUCCUUCGAUCUGGACGGAGAAGACAGCUAUGGGAAAUAUCUGAGACGGGAGACGACCCAGAUCACCGAGGCGUUUUCCAGCUCCGAGAAGUCUCUGCUGGAGCUGGAGGUGAAAUUCAAACAGAGUCAGGAAAACGAGCUGAAAGAAGAGCACAAGAUCAGCGACGACUUCCUCAACAUGAUCGUGCACACGCGCGACGUGUUGAAGGAGACACUGGACAUCUCGCUGGGACUGAAGGACAAGCACGAGCUGUUGUCACUCAUCAUCCGGAGUCACGGGACCCGGUUAAGCCGCCUGAAGAACGACUAUAUGAAGGUGUAGAGGACUGUUUGUCUGUCCUCAGUAAACAGGCAAAUCUCAAUCUGUCUCUAGCCUAUGGCAAGGCGUUUUAACAUUCAUUUCUUAAAAUUAACUAGUAUGCCUACUGUUGUACUUAUUUUUGGAAGGCCAAAUUAGCCUACUAAAAGCACCAACUGUUAUAUUUUUAGUUUGCAUAGAAACCAUUCAUUAUAGGUAUCGAUUAUUAAAAAGUCUCAAACAGUAGGCUAACUAUCGAAAUAGUCCUGCUUUAUAUGUCUGUAACCUACUGUAAUUAUUCAAGGCAAAUACCUAUCCUGAGACACAGUUGUUAGCAGCUACAAGUAGCCUAUACAAUCUCACUAGUUUGAGCAAACACUGGCCUAAUAAAUGGUUACAGUUUGUAUUUAAUUAUUAGCAUAUUAAACUAGAAUAUAGGCUAGGCUAUUUCAUUUACAAGAACAAAAGGAAUAGUUAUUAUUAAACUAUAGGUAGUAUAUAAUAGCAAAACAACAACAACAACAAAAACUCACUAGUCAAAAGUGAAAAGUUGAUAUCCACAGAACCGCAGAUCCCUGUAGAAUUCACUGGAGGAAAAUCAGAAAAUAUUCAUAAUAGUCACUAUCACGAUAGUGAGUAGAAAAUAAUAAAAAAUGUACAAUUUAUUAGUAACUAAAAAUAAGUACUAGAAACAAAAAUAUAGGCUACUACUCAUUUUUAAGGAAUAAUGUUUUUCUCUGUAGCUAUUGUCAAAAAUGAUGCAGCUAUUUUGCAAUAAAUGAAAGCCAGUAGUCACUUAAUAGCAGCAAUCAUAUAUACAUGAUGGACAGCCAUUAAAUGCUUUAAACUUGGCAAUAUUACUGCCAUUGAGUCUUUAAUGACAUUUGCAGCUAAUUGUAAUAUGACUGGGAUCUCAGUCUAACCAAUAUGGAGGUUUUACCUCUAAGAGGAGACAUACAAAACACUGAGUUAGUUUCAGUGUUAGGCUUCUUACUAUUUUCUCAGAUAAUGGCUGUUUGUGGAAACAUUUUGCUCAUUUGCAUUGGCAUUACUUGAAUGUUUCAGAGAAAAUUCAUGUUGGCUAAACAGAAGGAAUAUAGUUUUCAUUGUACAAAUGUUAUCUGUCAUAAUCAUAUUUACAUUCUUUUAAGAGCAUGUACAUGGAAUAGUUUUUUUAAAAACAUUCAGUCUGACAAUCCUCCAAAAGAUGUAUGGCAUGAACAUAUUAAAAACAUACAUUUUAUUAUGAUUGCUUUCUAUGAUAUAUUCGGAGGAACACAUUUGCUCUUCCUUGUACAUUUUUUGUUUUGUGUGUCCUAAGAAAUCUAUAUAUUUUAUAACAAGCUUUUAAAAUAUUAAACUGUGAGUGUUUAUAUUUAUGAAAAAGCUUAACAGUAUUCAUUUUAUGAAACUAUGCACGUUGCAUCAAGUAUUCUUGUGAUCCUCUGAGAAGUAAUGGGAAAAGAACCAUCUGGGAUGACAUAUUCCAGACAAACCAAGAUGACUGCGGGCAGGAAUAUUGGACAUAAAGCGUGAAGUUCCAUGAGAUAUAUGUUGUGUAUAUUGCUUUUGUAAUAAAAAUAUUCAAGGUU